GUGCAGCUGCCGAGUUGAGCGAUGGACGGAGGUUCAAUGAUUAAUUACCAAGUCUGUUAUGAGAAUCAAAUAAAUCAGACGAGUUGUGACAUCUCGUACGAUGUAAACAAACACACCGGGUAUAACAUCUGUACAGACUCCCCUACUGACUGGUCAUCGCUGAGGGAAUUCGAGAACAACGCCGAUUUGCAGAUUCACUCCCCCGACUCGCUGCCCGAUCCUGCCAUUCAUGACUUCAUCAAUCUUCUUUUACCCACUUAUAUUGAUAACGAUUUCAGAAAUAAGACGGCCCAGUCUAAUUCUUUAACACCGGAUUCUGAGUCGGACAAUGAUAGUGUAAUGAUAAGCGGAGAUGAUCUGAGGGAGUUAGCGUGUGUAAAACCAGACGACUAUUUUGACAAUAUAAGUGACUCUAGUGUUGGGAGUGGCCAUUUUGAUUAUCUGCCUCCAACUAACCUGUCAUCUGCCUAUCAUCAAUACAACAACCAAACUCUGCCAAGUUUCGAUCAGCUUGUUCAGUCUACAGCCAAACACUACCCGUCUACAACAAGGCAGUGUGUGUCAGAUGAUGAAGAUGACGAAUCUGAGGCAAUCGUCAAAAAGGGAAAACGAGGUGCUAAAAACAUAUUGUUAUGGAAGUUCCUUCUGGACGAGCUGGCAGAUGCUCACCAGAAGCAUAUCCGGUGGAUAAGCUGUAAGGAGGGCACGUUCAGAUUUGUUGACACAGCAGAAAUAAGCAAGAUGUGGGGAGCUAAAAAGCGAAAGAAUGACAUGAACUUUGAAAAACUCAGUCGUGGAAUCAGGCACUACUACAAAUCUGGGUUCAUGAGACGUGAGGACGGAACUAGACUGGUAUACAAGUUUAACUGGAAGAAGGUUCCCAAAGAAUACAGACGGCGAUUUGCUCUUUAGACAAUAUCUCUACUCUCAAAAUUGGAGAGUUGCAAACACCUGCUUACUUCGCAAUAGCGUCAGAUGACCACGUGAAUAUGCGAAAUCAAACAUACGUUUUCUCCUUCCGUCGUGAUGACUUGAUUUCUGCAGCGAAGGUCUGGCAAAAUUUGAGGUGAUUCUGAUCAGUUGUCAAUCGACUAGUACAUGAAUGAAGAAUGCUUAAGUUGAUCAAGAGAAUCUGCAAAAAAAUGACUGUUUCAUGAUGAUUUUGUGCAAUAUAUGUUUAAUUUGCAAUUGCUUUGUAAGAUAGAUGUGCUAGCGCUAACAACGAUGAAGUGACAUUUUGCUGGGAUAAUGCAAUAUUCUGUCCGAAAACCUGAAGUGUUGAUAAUAGGCAAUUGUGCUGAAAACACCUUGACAGUCGUGUUUAAAUAAGAAGAGCUGUGUGCAGAAUCAGAUAGAGAGCAAAAGGCAGGAAUUCCUCGUGAUACUUGUUGAUAGUUCAUCAUGUAUCAGAAUCAUUGCCAAGAAACCAUGUCUAUGUCUGUUGAAGGGAUGGUCUUGGGUUUGGUUUUAUAAAACAGUUCGAAAUAUCGCUGUUUUUGUCUGAAAAGUAUAUUGCAACUGUCUCAAUGUGUCGAUGUUUGGUCUCGAAAGUUCCAGAUUUCUGUGUACCGUAAUCCAAAUGUUCCUGACUACAAAGGUUCAAUAUUAGAUCAAGCCCUGUCACUGCCAUAAGAUAUCAAUAUUGAUUUAACUGCGGUAUUGUUUGAUCUCAAAGUCUGAUGAGUGAUUGAAGUCUAUAUGCGCUUAAAAUACUAGUGGAGAAUGAAUGAGAUUGAUGUAACAUACGAGUGUUUUAUCUGAGUGAGACAUGAGAGUAAACACGUACAUGAGAAAAAGAUAAUGUAAGUGUUUUAAGCGAUUAUUGUUUUUAACUGAAAAUAAAUUGAAAUCCAAACGCGACCAAUAAACAAUCCUACAUAUCGUAUACAUGUAUAUAUUUUAGAAAUAUAUAUUUCAUAUGUUUAACAAUAAUGUAUAUAACUUGUUUGUUAAUAUAACU